AUGAAGAAGAUUUUAUCAUAUAUUUGGAAGUCCCCAGAUAAGAGACGUGUGAUUUAUCUCCCAAUAAACAAAAUCGAUAUAAAGGCUAAAGAAAAGAUAGAUUAAGCACUCAAGAAUGUGAAUGAAGGAAAUACUGCAGCAAUAUUGUUGUCAAUUAAUACUAAACUUCCAAAUAGCUCUCACUCGCUAGUGUAUGCGGAUUAGAUUGGAGAAAAUCUUAUGAAUAAAACUUAAGCAAUUGGAAAUGGAGUGAAACUUAUCACUUAUGCAGAAGAUACAUGUCUUGGAGUUGGGUUUUAACUUCUGUCAUAUGGAGAUAUUGUCCUGAGUAAUCCCAAUUCUUUGCUAGGCAAUGUUGGUUUUUCAUCAGAUCCCUGGAACUUAAAAGAAUUUUCAGAGUACUAUCAGAUUAAAAUGAGAUAUAUUCAUAAGGGAAAGAAAAAGGUAAGACUGAAUAGAUUUCAAGACUUCGAGUAAGAAGAUAUUGAUUGGCUAAUGAAUAUAAUGAAUAAAAGAGUAGAGGCAAUCUCUUAAUUGGUUACAACUAAAAGAGCCUCAAAAUUCAAGAAUAAAGACCAGACUAUAAAUCUAAUUAAAUCUGGAGAACUUUUUAAGCCAAAAUAAGCAUUAGAAUUGGGACUUAUUGAUGAAUUAACGAAUCCUGAUGAGUACGUUUUGAAAACAUAUGGGAAGGAAGUAUAUAUUGAUGUGCCUCAGUAAAAUUGGAAAUAAAAGAUUGGAUUAUAAACUUUUGCAAACAAUAUAAUUAGUACAGAUAAUUCAGACCUUGAUUUGAAUGAAAUUGAGAACUUUGAUGAGCAAAUAAGAAAUUUAAUGAUGAAUUAUUGCAUCGAAAAUGGUCUCAGAGCAAAUAUUCCUCUAAAUAUUUGA